AUGGACGACGAUCAGGGCGGGUACAGACAGAUCAACAAAUCACUUAACAUUGGUGCCUUUGGAGAUUAUCUCAAAAGCCAGAUCAAGAAUCUGCCCAGAAUACCAAAUGUCGAGCAAGUGUCUCCUCGAGUUCUUCGCAUCUUAGGACAGAAUCCGGGAAAGAUGACGCUACAAGGGACCAACACGUAUGUUAUCGGGACUGGAAAGCAUAGGCUCAUGAUCGACACCUCUGGUGGGGAGCCUGAAUGGGCCUCACUCGUUGAGAGCACCCUGCAACAAAGGGGCAUCACCUUGGACCAUGUUCUCCUGACACACUGGCACGGUGAUCAUACUGGUGGCGUUCCCGAUCUUUUGCGAUUAUUCCCAAAUCUCGCUGGUCACGUCCACAAGAAUUUGCCCGUCCUUGAGCAGGAGGACAUCGAUGAUGGCCAGAUCUGGGAGGUCGAAGGGGCCACUGUCCGGGCGCUUCACGCACCGGGCCACUCGGAAGAUCACAUGUGUUUCAUUCUCGAAGAAGAAAAUGCGAUGUUCACAGGAGACAACAUUUUGGGCCACGGAUCCAGUGCACUAGAGGACCUUGGCCUUUUCCAGCAAAGCCUUCAGAAGAUGUACGAUGAACAAUGUGAGAAGGGUUACUCCGCCCAUGGAGUCACGAUCCAGGACCUCUCCGACAAGAUUAUGCGAGAAAUGGAGCAGAAAUGGCGACGAGAAAGACAAGUCUUGGAUGCUCUUCGAAAGUCUCGCAACAAAGGUGCAAAGAAUGUCACCCUUGAACAGCUCGUUGGUGAAAUAUAUGGAUCGGCUCUUGACAAGCAGACCCGUUCACUUACGUUGGAACCGAUCAUUGACGAAGUGCUCCGUAAGCUCGCGGGAGACGGCAGUGUUGCAUUUGCAAAUCGGGGCGGAAAGCGCAGAUGGUACGCAAUUGGUGCCGCGCAUAAUGUGAUGCACAUACAAGAGAAGCUCUCAUCGGUUAUCACUGUAGAAGAAAUUGAUCUUUCAGACUAG